CCAAGACCAAGACCAAGACCAGAACCAGAACCAGAACCAAGACCAGAACCAAGACCAAGACUAGAACCAGAACCAAGACCAGAACCAGAACCAGAUCCAAGAUCAGAACCAGAACCAAGACCAGAACCAGAACCAAGACCAGAACCAGAACCAAGACCAAGACCAGAACCAGAACCAAGACCAGAACCAAGACCAGAACCAGAACCAAGACCAGAACCAGAACCAAGACCAGAACCAGAACCAGAAACAGAACCAAGACCAAGACCAAGACCAGAACCAGAACCAGAACCAAGACCAGAACCAGAAUUAAGACCAAGACCAGAACCAGAACCAAGACCAAGACCAAGGCCAGAACCAGAACCAAGACCAGAACCAGAACCAAGACCAGAACCAGAACCAAGACCAGAACCAGAACCAGAACCAAGACCAGAACCAGAACCAACACCAGAACCAGAACCAAGACCAGAACCAGGACCAGAACAAGAACCAAGACCAAGACCAGAACCAGAACCAAGACGAAGACCAGAAUCAGAACCAAGACCAAGACCAGAACCAGAACCAAGACCAAAACCAGAAGCAAGACCAGAACCAGGACCAAGACCAGAACCAGAACCAAGACCAGAACCAGAACCAAGACCAGAACCAGAACCAGAACCAAGACCAGAACCAAGACCAAGACCAGAACCAGAACCAAGACCAAGACCAGAAACAGAACCAAGACCAAGACCAAGACCAGAACCAGAACCAGAACCAGAACCAACACCAGAACCAGAAGCAAGACCAGAACCAAGACCAGUACCAGAACCAGAACCAAGACCAGAACCAGAACCAAGACCAAGAUCAAGAACAGAACCAGCACCAAGACCGGAACCAGAACCAAGACCAAGACUAGAACCAGAACCAAGACCAGAACCAGAACCAGAUCCAAGAUCAGAACCAGAACCAAGAACAGAACCAGAACCAAGACCAGAACCAGAACCAGAACCAAGACCAAGACCAGAACCAGAACCAAGACCAGAACCAGAACCAGAACCAGAACAAGAACCAAGACCAGAACCAGAACCAGAACCAAGACCAGAACCAGAACCAGAACCAAGACCAAGACCAGAACCAAGACCAGAACCAGAAUCAAGACCAGAACCAGAACCAAGACCAAGACCAAGGCCAGAACCAGAACCAAGACCAGAACCAGAACCAAGACCAGAACCAAGACCAGAACCAGAACCAAGACCAGAACCAGAACCAAGAACAGAACCAGAACCAGAACAAGAACCAAGACCAAGACCAGAACCAGAACCAAGACCAAGACCAGAACCAGAACCAAGACGAAGACCAGAAUCAGAACUAGAACCAGAACCAAGACCAGAACCAGGACCAGAACCAAGACCAGAACCAGAACCAAGACCAGAACCAGAACCAGAACCAGAACCAAGACCAAGACCAGAACCAAGACCAAGACCAGAACCAGAACCAGAACCAAGACCAAGACCAAGGCCAGAACCAGAACCAAGACCAGAACCAGAACCAAGACCAGAACCAAGACCAGAACCAGAACCAGAACCAAGACCAGAACCAGAACCAAGACCAGAACCAGAACCAAGACCAGAACCAAGACCAGAACCAGAACCAAGACCAGAACCAGAACCAAGACCAGAACCAAGACGAAGACCAGAAUCAGAACUAGAACCAAGACCAAGACCAGAACCAAGACCAGAACCAGAACCAGAACCAAGACCAGAACCAAGACCAAGACCAGAACCAGAACCAAGACCAAGACCAAGACCAGAACCAGAACCAGAACCAAGACCAGAACCAGAAUUAAGACCAAGACUAGAACCAGAACCAGAACCAAGACCAAGGCCAGAACCAGAACCAAGACCAGAACCAGAACCAAGACCAGAACCAGAACCAAGACCAGAACCAGAACCAGAACCAAGACCAGAACCA